GUAAAUACCUGGUAUUGACCAGCGCAGGGGAAGUUUUCCAGAUUCCUUGUGUUUCUUGCAAGAUAUUUGGUCAUUUAUACAUUGAAGUGAAAAUACUGCUGCUAAAUCAAAAGGGUAUUUUCCAAAUUGAAACAAAUUUAUAUGAUAUAAAUUGAUUUGAUUAUCAACUAUCGAUUUUUUUUAUCAAAUUGUGUAUUGAUACACAAUAUUCAUCAAUAAAAUCGACUAAUCAUGUCACCCCUAGUUUUAAAUAUAACGUCUCUGUUUUUUUUUUUGCUUUUAUUAAUAUAAGUACAGCCAAUUUAUAUGAGUAAUAUUGGGGAUCACUGUCCACAGUAAGAAAAAGAAUGCAUUAACAUCAGAAGUCUGUGGAAGUUCAUGGCAAGCUAUAUACAAAAUGUGGUAAUUCCAGGCUCUAGAUCAUGUUAUUUUUGCAUCUCUACUUUAACCUGCUACAUUUUUAAACAAGCAAAGAUACUAACAUGCUGUUCAUUUUGCAAUCAGACACCUGCAAGACCUACGGCAGUGGAGUCUUCCAGAAUUUUUAUGGCAAAGAAUACUACAUGCGCUCCUCCUGCCGCUUCUACCUGACCCUAUUCACUCACAACGACUUUGACUGCAGCAUCACCAUACAGCGUGAUAAAGACUCUUUAUUAAUUUCUCAAGUUGUGAUUACCAUCAACAGAGUCAAAGCAGUCCUGGAAGUUGGAGGCAUCAAGGUGAACGAUAAAAGCAUUUCUCUUCCUCAUGACGAAACAUAUCUGCAAGUAUUUGAUUAUGGCAUCUACAAAAGACUGAAGUGCCUGUUGAUUCCUCUUACUGUCACUUGGCAUAAUGUAGAAGGAGGAAUUGGGUCUCUUUGGGUGGAAUUAGAGCAAGAUCUGAAACCUAACACUAAAGGACUGUGCAGCAACAAUGGAACUCAAGUUGAAAGUUGUCGUGUUGAUCCUGAGGAUAACGUAUGUCAAACUCCAGAUCUCGGUAAAAGUGAUGAUAAAUUAAAGAAUUGUGCGAACUUAGCUUCUUAUGGUCGUCCAUGCUUUGAAGGAAGUUCCAAUAUCUACGAUCUCUGCUUAUUGAACAACUACAAAGGGAGCAAGCAGGUCCAAUGCAGCUUUUAUAAUGAAGUUGCUCUGCGGUGUAAAGAUGAUGAAUAUUUCCCGAGUUAUUGGAAUAGUGCAAAACUGUGUGAUAACCCUACUUGUCCCGGGGAAAUGGUUUUUCAGAGCGAGGGUCCUGCUUUUGUACCAAGCUGCUCACACCCAAACACUUCCACCUGUGACCAGGUCAGGACUUGUGUCUGUUCAGACGGAAAAGUGCUGAAUGAUCGAGGCAAUAGAACGGAAUGUGUGAGGAUAUCCGACUGCCCCUGUACGUUUGCUGGAAGGACUUUUAAACCUGGGCAGGAGAGAAAGACUGUGUUUGCUCUGCGGUGUAAAGAUGAUGAAUAUUUCCCGAAUUAUUGGAAUCGUGCAAAACUGUGUGAUAACCCUACUUGUCCCAGGGAAAUGGUUUUUCAGAGCGAGGGUCCUGCUUUUGUGCCAAGCUGCUCACACCCAAACACUUCCACCUGUGACCAAGUCAGGACUUGUGUCUGUUCAGACGGAAAAGUGCUGAAUGAUCGAGGAAAUAAAACGGAAUGUGUGAGGAUAUCCGACUGCCCCUGUACGUUUGCUGGAACGACUUUUAAACCUGGGCACGAGAGAAAGACAGGGUGUCAGACAUGCUACUGUAACCGUGGGAGUUGGGAAUGCUCAGAAAACACCUGUUCUCCAAAGUGCACAGUUGAAGGACAGUAUGUUAGGACAUUUGAUGGAAAAUCCUACACACUGCCUAAAAGAUGCAGAUACGUAGUCUCAAAGGGCUCCAACUUGACAAUAAAAGCAGACUUUUCUUCAUCGGAAACAGUAUUGACAAAAGUUGAAAUUAAUCUUUUCGAGGAAACGUAUACUUUUGAAGACAACAAAGUGAAAUUUAAGGGCAAGGAAAUUACAGAGCUCCAUAGAUCCGAUCAUGCCCUGGUUUUUUGGCAGUCCUCAAUGUUUGUUCUGGUCCACACAUCUUUUGAUAUGAAGAUUCAAGUUCAGAUGUCUCCUAUAAUGCAGCUUUACAUCACUUUGCCAAGAUCCCACACUGAAACUCUAUCAGGUCUUUGCGGCAACAGCAACAACGACACAACAGAUGAUUUCACCUCGAGCAACAACAUUAGAGAGUCCUCUUCUGAGCCUUUUGCCUUGUCUUGGGGUUACGAUCUAACCGGAAAUCCUCAAUGCAUUAGCGAAAACAUAGCUGACCUCUGCGUGAGCAGCGCUAACGAAAUAUAUGCAGAAUACAGGUGUGCUGGGUUGAAUAAUGAGGUGUUUGCCAACUGCCAUAACUACAUCUCACCCGAUCAAUAUCAAGCAGCUUGCAUUCAAGCAACCUGUAAGUGUGGCAACAAUAAGAACGACUGUUUGUGCACUGCUUUGGGAAACUAUGCAAAAGCCUGCUCCAGUUUGGGUGUUAAAGUUGGAGACUGGAGGACAGCUCUCAACUGCACCAUAAAAUGUCAGACGAACCAGGCGUUCUCGUACAACAACGUGAUCUGCAACAGUACAUGCAGCACCUUGUCUGGCAAUGACAUUCGCUGCGAACUACAAGGAGAUCCAGUGGAGGGCUGUGGCUGUCCAGAGGGGACACACCUGGGCGAUGAAAACAUCUGCAUCUCAAAAUCAAAAUGUCCGUGUCAUUACUCUGGCGUCACAGUUCCACCAGGACAACGAGUUAUCGACGGCCUGCUAUGCAAUUGCGAAAAUGGUGAACUGCAGUGCAACAAAGACUGCGGAUGCACAAAAGGGAAAGUCUGCUAUCACUGCUCACAAGGGUGGAUGAACACCGCUCAGAAAACAUGUGAAAGUCUCCUCAAGCCAGUUGAUUCAAGCUACAAAUGUGUGAGCGGCUGUUACUGCCCAUACGACCUUUACGAGGAUCACAACAAAAACUGUGUUUCCAAAGACAAGUGUACAUGCAGACACGACGACAAAGUGUUUGGUCCUGGAGAGCAACUCCAGACUGCCCGACAAACAUGCGUAUGCAUUGAAGGUGGCUGGAACUGCACGGAUAACCCACAACCUGGAAGAUGUCAAGUUUAUGGCAAUGGACAUUUCCAGACUUUUGAUUUAAAAUGGUACCGCUUCGAUGGACACUGUCAAUACACACUUGUUGAGGAUGAAGACAACACUUUCUCCAUCAGAGUGGAAACUGUACCUUGCUGUGAGAAAGAACUUACCUGCUCUCGUACAAUCAUUAUGGACCUAAAGGGUGAAGUUUCUCUGACGCUAAGAGACAUGAUUAUAAACAAAGAGUACGUAAAUGGCUGGACUAGUGCAAUAAAUUCCCUCGUGACCAUUCACACUGUGGGACUGUAUUUCAUCAUUCUGGUACCCAGUCGAGGUAUUACCUUAAUCUGGGACAAACACACAAGGAUCAGUAUUGAACUUGAUGGAACGUGGAAGAACAGAGUCAGAGGUCUUUGUGGGAACUUUGAUUCCAAUGAGAACAAUGACCUACGGAGAAAAGGCUCCACAGAGAUAAGUAGUGCUGUGAUCUUUGGUAACAGCUGGAAGAUUGCCUCUCCUCCUUGUUCGGAUGUGACCAACGAGGUAUUUCCAUGUGAACAUAACUCCUACUGUAAAGCCUGGGCUGAGCGGCGCUGUUUGAUCAUCACUGGAGAUACGUUUAAGAGCUGUCACUCUAAGGUUGACCCAAAGGCCUAUUAUGAAGCUUGUGUGAUGGAGUCAUGCUCUUGUGAGUUUGAGGGGAAGUUCUUGGGCUUCUGUACUGCAGUAUCAGCAUACGCAGAGGCCUGCAGUGACCAGAAUGUCUGUAUAAGCUGGAGAACACCUGAUUUGUGCCCGGUCUUUUGCGAUUACUACAAUAAACCGGGUGAGUGUAGCUGGCACUAUGAACCCUGCGGUACAACACUGACGUGUGGCAAGGACAGCAGUUUUACAAACAAACUAGAAGGUUGCUACCCAAGAUGUCCAAAAGAAACACCAUACUUUGAUGAAAAUACAAACAAAUGCACUCAACUCAGGAACUGCAGCUGUUAUUUCAAUGACACCGUUGUUCCAUCAGGACGGGUAUCUCAUGAGUGCUCCUGUUCAAAUGGAACAGUUUACUGUUCACCACCAACUACAACUACUACUACCACCACCACCACAGUGACACCAUCAACUACACCUCCAACAACUACUACCUUGACACCAACAACUACACCUACAACAACUACAACAACUACAACUACUACAACGACCACCAUGACACCAACAACUACAACUACAACCACUACCUUAACACCAACAACUACACCUCCAACAACCACUACCUUGACACCAUCGACUACAACUACAUCCACAACUACUACGACAACUACCUUGACACCAACAACUACACCUACAACGACAACUACAUCCACAACUACUACAACGACCACUGUGACACCAACAACACCUACAACGACAACCACAACUACUACCUUGACACCAACAACUACACCUAUAACAACAACUACAUCCACAACUACUACAACAACAACCACAGUGACACCAACAACACCUACAACAACAACCACAACUACCACAUUAACACCAACUACAACACCUCCAACUACUACAACCACAUCCACAACUACUACAACAACCACCUCGACACCAACAACUACACCUACAACCACCACCACUGUGACACCUACAACAACACCUACAACAUCCACAACUACAUCCACCACUACUACAACCACAACCUUGACACCUACAACUACACCCACAACAACCACCACUGUGACAUCAACAACUACAACGACCUCCACUACAACUACAACUACUACCUUGACACCCACAACUACACCUCCAACAACAACCACAUUGACUCCUUCAAGUACACCAACAAGUACAUCUACCACUACAUCUACUACUACUACAACCACUACCUUGACACCAACAACUACACCUCCAACAACAACCACCUCAACACCUACAACUACAUCUACAACAACUACUACAACUACCUUGACACCAUCAACAACGCCUUCAACAACCACAACAGUGACACCAACAACUACACCUACAACUACUACAACUACAUCUACAACUACUACAACAACUACCUUAACACCAACAACUACACCUACAACCACCACCACAAUGACGCCUACAACAACACCUACAACUACAUCUACAACUACAUCCACAACUACCACAACCACUACUUUGACACCCACAACUACACCCACAACAACCACUACAGAGACACCUACAACUCAACCUACAAGUACAUCUACAACUACAACUACUACUACAACCACUACCUUGACACCUACAACUACACCCACAACAACCACCACAGUGACACCUACAACUCCACCUACAAGUACAUCUACAACUACAUCUACUACCACUACAACCACUACCUUGACACCUACAACUACACCCACAACAACCACCACUGUGACAUCUACAACUACACCAACAACUACAACUACCUCCACUACUACUACAACUACCCUGACACCAACAACUACACCUCCAACAACAACCACCUCAACAUCUACAACAACAUCUACAACAACAACUACUACUACUACAACUACCUUGACACCAUCAACAACGCCUACAACAACCACAACGGUGACACCAACAACUACACCUACAACUACAACUACAUCUACAACUACUACAACAACUACCUUAACACCAACAACAACACCUACAACCACCACCACAAUGACGCCUACAACAACACCUACAACUACAUCUACAACUACAUCCACAACUACCACAACCACUACUUUGACACCCACAACUACACCCACAACAACCACUACAGAGACACCUACAACCCAACCUACAAGUACAUCUACAACUACAACUACUACUACAACCACUACCUUGACACCAACAACUACACCCAUAACAACCACCACAGUGACACCUACAACUCCACCAACAAGUACAUCUACAACUACAUCUACUACCACUACAACCACUACCUUGACACCUACAACUACACCUACAACAACCACCACUGUGACAUCUACAACUACACCAACAACUACAACUACCUCCACUACUACUACAACUACCCUGACACCAACAACUACACCUCCAACAACAACCACCUCAACAUCUACAACUACAUCUACAACAACAACUACAACCACUACCUUGACACCUACAACUACACCCACAACAACCACCACAGUGACACCUACAACUCCACCUACAAGUACAUCUACAACUACAUCUACUACCACUACAACCACUACCCUGACACCAACAACUACACCUACAACCACCACCACAAUGACGCCUACAACAACACCUACAACUACAUCUACAACUACAUCCACAACUACCACAACCACUACCUUGACACCAACAACUACACUUCCAACAACUUCAACUACAUCUACAACUACUACAACUACUUUAACCCCAACAACUACACCUACAACGACAACUACAACCACAACUACGACAACAACUACUACACUGACACCAUCAACUACAACUACAUCCACAACUACUACAACAACCACUUUGACACCAACAACUACACCAACAACUACAACUACAUCCACAACUACUACAACAACCACCUUGACACCAACAACUACACCUACAACGACAACUACAUCCACGACUACGACAACUACUACUUUAACACCAUCAACUACAACUUCAUCCACAACUACUACAACAACAACCACUCUGACACCUACAACUUCAUCUACAACUACUACAACAACCACAUUGACUCCAACAACUACACCAUCAACAACCACUACCUUGACACCUUCAACUACCACAACAACCACAGUAAUACCAACUACACCUACAAGUACUUCUACAACUACAUCCACAACAACUACGACCACCACCGUUACCCCAUCAACUACACCAACAACUACAUCCACAACUACUACAACAACCACCCUGACACCAACAACUACUCCUAUUUGUGAAUGUAGAGACAUUCAAAAUGACAAACGUUGGCCAUGCGGUGCAACAUGGAAGGAGAACUGUUUUAACAAGACAUGUGAAGACAAGAAGAUUAUCUCAACCACAGUACCUUGUCCAGGUCCUAUAAAACCCAGCUGUCCCAGAAAUAAGAUGACAAAAGUCACAGAUGGAUGCUGCGAAGAGUGGAAAUGUGACUGUGUCUGUGAGUUGUAUGGGGACCCCCAUUACAUAUCUUUUGAAGGAGUAAACUUUGAUUUUAUAGAAAACUGCACCUAUGUUUUGGUUGAGGAAGUGAAUCCAGUUUAUAAUCUGACCAUUGCUGUGGACAACUACUACUGUAUGCCUCAGAUCAAAGGCUCCUGCGUUAAGGGUAUUAUCCUGAAAUAUAAAAUGAACACUGCCACACUAAAUAUAUAUACAAAUGCAAAUGAAAAAGAGGAAGUGCAGGCCACCCUCAACAGUGUGACCAUUCAGCCACCUUUUGAAAAGGAUGGGUUAAGGUUCGAGUCCACAAAGAAGAAAGUGUUUAUCCAUCUUCCAGAGAUUCGGUCCUUUAUUUCUCUUACUCCUUAUAAUACGUUGGUUGUCAGUUUAGCCAUGGAAUUUUUCCACAACAAAGUCCAGGGACAGUGCGGUGAGUGUGGGGCUCCAGGUUCAUGUGUUCGUAGAGGUGGUAAAGUGGAGGAUGAUACCUGCUGUGAAAAGACUUCACAUAGCUGGGUAUAUCAUGACCCUCAGAAGCCAUCCUGUUCAUCGAAGGAUGUACCUUGUAACAUACCCACCCCACCCAGCCCACACACACUUUGCAAUGAAACAAACAAUCUUUGUGAUCUUCUUAACCACCAAGUCUUUUCAGAUUGCAGAAAAAAAGUCAAUUUGACGGUCAUACACACGAACUGCGAAUUUGACGGCUGCCCUGACAAAAAUGCUUCUUGUUCUGCUCUGGAGAAAGCUGCUGAAGAUUGUAAAAAUGCAGGUUAUUGUGUUGACUGGAGAAACUUCACCAAUGGAACUUGUCCGACCAGUUGCCCAGAAGGAUUGGUUUACGAAGAAUGCCGAAAUACUAAUGAUGACUACUGCGCUGGAGGAGAACGUCACAAAGGAGACUCCCUUGAUAGUGUCAGUGCAGGUUGCUUUUGCCCCAAAGGCCAAAUAAGAUCAGCAGCACACUCAAACACCUGUGUAAAAGACUGUCAGUUUUGCAAAGGACCAUUAGGAGAACCCAAACUGCCUGGUGAAAAGUGGGUGACCGACUGUUUUCUAUGCGAAUGUGAUAACCAAACUGUAACGGAAAAGUGUGAGAAAAUACCAGAAAAAAACCCACCUAUCUGUAAACCCAAUGAGAUUCUGGUGAAUGAGUCUUGCUGCUAUAUUUGCGUUGAGAAGACUUGCACUUAUCAGGGAAGGACGUACAAGGUGGGAGACCAAUGGAAAGACACCAACUAUCCUUGCAUGUCCCUCAGCUGCACACUAGAUGGCAUCAAGACAGAGAAAACAGUUUGUAAUGCACAGAACUGCCUUGAUGAGGACAAGGUUUGGGAUGACCAGAAAUGUUGUUUCACAUGCACCUCACGCAAACCACAGUGCUCUCCCACACUGACAAACAUAACCACCACUGUAGAGAACUGUACUGCUGUUAUAGAAGUCCCUGUAUGCAUGGGUCAGUGCUAUAGUCAGCCCAGCACCAACAGUAUGAUGAAAUCUGGUGUCCUGGAAGUGCAUCAGGUCUGCAAAUGCUGUGAGACGCUGGAGUCGGAGAAGAGAUCAAUGGAGCUAAGUUGCAAAGACAACUCCAAGAAAACAAUCAACUAUGAGUAUGUUAAAACCUGCGACUGCAAAAUAUGCAAAAACGAGUAAAACAGAAGCACAUUUUUUUCCAAGCUAAUCUUUAAAGCUGAUCUGAAAAUAAAAUGAAGAUGUUAUCUUUGUUCUUUCUCUUAAUCAAACACUGAAGUUCUCUUCCUGAUUGUUCUUUCCUUUCAAUAAAUCUGUUCUUUAAGCAUCGCAUGGUGUGGCAUUGUGUCUU